CGUCGCCACCUAGCUUUGUCUGCUUACUCUUUGUUUCGAAGAGAUUCCUUUUAGAAGAGAAGAUCAAAGAAGAAAGCAAGAAAAAAAAAAUAUGCUAGGAGACUGUGAGAAGAUGGUACUCAUCCCUUCUUCCACUACUAAUGAAUGGCCACAGCAAAAUAAUCAGACAGAUGAGAAAACAUUGAUGAUGUCCUCAAAUGGUGGUAGUGAUAUGGAGAAACCAAUUCAAGAUCCACAGCAGCAACAUCAACAACAACCGCCGCUUAAAUGUCCUCGUUGUGAUUCAUCAAAUACUAAGUUUUGUUACUACAAUAAUUACAGUUUGUCUCAGCCAAGACACUUUUGCAAGGCUUGUAAAAGGUAUUGGACUAGAGGAGGAACCUUAAGAAAUGUUCCAGUGGGAGGUGGCUGUAGGAAAAACAAGAGAAUCAAGAGACCAUCAGCUUCUUCAUCUUCUACUCAUGAUAUAACUAUUACUUCAUCUUCAGCUCUAAAUAAUAAUAUUUCAGCUCCAAACCCUAGCCAUCAUCAUCAGAUUCACGGAUCUCAUAAUAUUGAUCUAUCUUCUACAACCUCAUCAAAUCAUCUUAAUCCUUUAUUUUAUGGGUUAACCACUGAGCGUUCUGAUCUCAAUAACAAUCCAUUUGCAAGGCUUUUCAGUUCUAGGGUUUCGAGUGCAACAGAUGAGGGACAAGUGUAUUCUCUAACGGACAGUAUCCCUGGAUUGGAUCGUCGUCUGGGGCUAGGGUUUUCUUCUUCUUUAGGGCUCAUGGCUGAGAAUAAUUAUGGGCAUGGAUUCAAUUCCAUUAAGCAAAUCCAAGAUGUUAUGACUAAUUCUAAUGCCACUAAUUCAAGUUCACUUCUUUCGAGCUACCCCAUGUUUGGAUCUUCAUCAACUUCAAGCUCAACUUCAACUAUGGCUUCCCUCAUAGCUUCAAGCCUUCAGCGACAGAAGUUCAUCUCCAACGGUAACAAUUUUCAUGGCUCGGCUCCUUUUGAGGAUUUGCAAAUGUCAGGGAAUAAUAAUAAUAAUAAUAAUGUUGAAAGUGGAAAUGGGAUGACAAUGUUGAAAGAAGAGAAAAUGGAAAGUGGUGGUCAGAACAGGCUGAACUGGAAUAAUCUUUCUAACCAUCAGAAUCAUCAGAUUCAUGAACAAAUAAUGAAUACCUCUGAUCCUUCACUUUCUUGGAAUGGUGCUUGGCUUGAUCCUUCUAAUAUGGGGUCUAAUUCAGUCCCUUCUCUCAUCUAGGACAAGAGCAUUUGUCUCUUUUUUUUCUUUUUUCUUUUAUCUUGAUCUCCCUCUCCUUUUUAUUAACAUGUGUCUUUCGUAGCUAGGUAGGUACUUUUUAGCUAUCUUGUUCGGAUCCUUCAAGAAUAUCGUCGAACAUGUUUCGAAACCUUAGAAAAUGCAUUGACGAAAUUUUUAGAGUAUCCGAACAGCAUAGCUUUUUGUUUGUCUUAUUUUUCUCCUUCUACUAAAAUGUCAAGACUGUAGAAAAAAGAGAACAACAUGACUUCAUAUUGAUGGGAGGAGUUGGAUCGGAGUGAUCAUGUCAGCUGCAAGAAUAUUUCAGCCUGCUAUUUUUACAGUCAAAGGGUUGAAAGAAAUCUCUCAUUUUGCGCUGAGAGGAACCUCGGAUCCCUUUCAUCUCGUCAAAUCAAGUUUACUUAAUUAUAUAUGAAGACAAAUUUCAGAGUUGACGAAGAAGCUGAAGUUGAGGAACCUGAGUACCAUUUCUAAUUCCAGUGAGUGAAUUUUAAUUUUAAUGUUAAUCUUAUGCUGUAUGUAUAUAGAUGCAUGACAUUGCGAUUUUUCUUGAUGUAUUUUUCAGAAUGUGUAUUUGGUUUUGGGUGGGGGUUACAAUGUUGGAGUUCUCGUACAAGAGGAACCAAUGAUAAAUUUUUUAUUUUUCUUUUUUCCAUUUUACUGGAAAGAAUUUCCUCCUUGUAGUUUAGGGGAAAAUGGUUGGGUAUAUUUGGGUAUAGAAGAGAGGGAGAGACGUUGUUGUUUUAAUAUGAUUAUCAUGUUAUUAAGUUGGCAUUGCCAUUUUCUUGCUUA